UGUUGAGUGCCGCCUGGAAAACCUGAUCCGAGCCGAACCCUAGGCUUUCCGCACCCCAGCAAGAGCAAAUCUCGGCCGGCUUCCCCAGGACCCCAGCGAUUGCAUCUCCAACUCCUGAGUCCCGGAAUUCCCGCACCCAGGUCGCCCCCAGUCAUGCUCUGCGCUCCGACGGCAGGAGCAGCCCUGGUGCUGUGCGCAGCUACCGCCGGGCUGCUGAGCGUUCAGGGCCGCCCGGCGCAGCCCGAGCCUCCGCGCUUCGCGUCCUGGGACGACAUGAACGUGCUGGCACACGGGCUGCUGCAGCUCGGCCACGGGCUGCGCGAACACGUGGAGCGCACCCGCGGGCAGCUAGGCGCGUUGGAGCGUCGCCUAGCUGAGUGCGGGGACGCUUGCCAGGGAUCCAAGGGGAACGAUGCCCCCUCCAAAGACCCCAAGGGUACAGUCCGCGACAGUGACGUGGCUCCUGAGACUCUGCGGAGCUUGCAGACACAGCUCAAGGUUCAGAAUAGCAAGAUCCAGCAGCUCUUCCAGAAGGUGGCUCAGCAGCAGCAACACCUGGAGAAACAGAAUCUCAGAAUCCAGAAUCUUCAGAGCCAGAUUGGCCUCCUGACCCCCACACAUCCAGACAAUGGGGUGGCCAAGACUUCCAGAGGAAAGAGGCUACCCAAGAUGGCCCAGCUCAUUGGCCCAGCUCCCAAUGCCACCCGCUUGCACAGACCACCCAGGGAUUGCCAGGAGCUCUUCCAAGAAGGUGAACGGCACAGUGGACUAUUCCAGAUCCAGCCUCAGGGGUCCCAGCCAUUCCUGGUCAACUGUGAGAUGACUUCAGAUGGAGGCUGGACAGUGAUUCAGAGACGCCUGGACGGCUCUGUGGACUUCAAUCAACCCUGGGAAGCCUACAAGGAUGGCUUCGGAGACCCCAAAGGUGAGUUCUGGCUAGGCUUGGAGAAGAUGCAUAGCAUCACAGGGGACCGCAGCAGCCAGCUGGCUGUGCAGCUCCAAGACCGGGAUGGCAACGCCAAGUUGCUCCAGUUCCCCAUCCACCUGGGGGGUGAGGACACAGCCUACAGUCUGCAGCUCACAGAGCCCACGGCCAAUGAACUGGGUGCUGCCAAUGUCUCCCCCAACGGCCUUUCUCUACCUUUCUCCACAUGGGACCAGGAUCAUGAUCUUCGAGGGGACCUCAACUGUGCUAAAAGCCUCUCUGGUGGCUGGUGGUUUGGCACUUGUAGCCAUUCCAACCUCAAUGGCCAGUACUUCCAUUCCAUUCCCCGGCAACGGCAGCAGCGUAAGAAGGGAAUCUUUUGGAAAACAUGGAAGGGUCGCUACUACCCACUGCAGGCUACUACGCUGUUGAUCCAGCCCAUGGAGGCUGCGACAGCUUCCUAGCUCCUCCUUGGAGCCUGGUCCUAGGCCUAAGAGGACAGUGACUUUGACUUGGCCCAGUCAUGUGGCCACUCUCCACUGGGGGCAGCAGCUCCUAGCAGGGCCACCUGGAGUCUUGGGGACAGAGAAGCCCAUGACCAGAGAGACCAGUGGGACCCCCUUUCUGUGUUGGGGGUUGCAUGCAUUGUCAUCUGAGGCAAUCAGAGCAACAGGGAAUGACUGGUCCAGACCCAGGAAGUAUGGGCUCAAAAGGCAUUGAGUCUCACUUCUCAACCGCCGGAGGAGUGGGGUACACAGGGGGACCACUCAGAGCCAGCUUGGCAGGCUCUUGAUGGCGGACUCAGUCAUAUUGACUGGCAAAGGGACAGGGUUCCCAGGAGCCCUCGAUGCCCUCGCGGUGCUGUUGUGUGGGUGCUGUGGAUGAACUGGCACCAACUGUGGUGUCCAGGAGGAGCUCACAGAAUUCUUGGAAUAAAAGCAGCCUCGGAACA